AUGCACGGCCCGCCUGCUUGGCCGCUGCGGCUGCUCGUGGCGGCCAACCGCAAAGAACGUGGUGCCGCAGUUGGGUUUCUGGCCAUGUCCAGUGUCAUCACCAUGUCCGCUCCCUUCUUCCUGGGGAGGAUCAUCGAUGUCAUUUACACAAACCCCACCGUGGACUACAGCUAUACCCUGACCCGCCUCUGCCUGGCGCUCAGCGGCGUGUUCCUGUGCGGUGCUGCUGCAAACACUGUUCGCGUCUACCUCAUGCAGACUUCAGGUCAGCGCAUUGUGAAUAGGUUGAGGGCUUCGUUAUUCUCCUCUCUUCUGAGGCAGGAGGUUGCUUUCUUCGACAAGACUCGCACUGGAGAAUUGAUUAACCGCCUCUCCUCGGACACCGCACUCCUGGGGCGCUCAAUUACCGAAAACCUGUCGGAUGGGCUCAGGGCCGGGGCCCAAGCUUCCAUUGGCAUUGGCAUGAUGUUUUAUGUCUCACCUCAACUGGCCACUUUUGUUUUGAGUGUGGUGCCUCCAAUAUCCGUCCUUGCUGUGAUUUAUGGACGUUACCUACAGAAGCUAACCAAAGUUAUGCAGGAUUCCCUGGCACAGACCACUCAGCUAGCUGAGGAAAGUAUUGGAAAUAUAAGAACUGUUCGAGCUUUUGGGAAAGAAAUAACAGAAAUAGAGAAAUACACCAGCAAAGUGGACCACGUGAUGCAGUUAGCAAGGAAAGAGGCGUUUGCUCGGGCUGGCUUCUUUGGAGCAACGGGGCUCUCCGGGAACCUGAUUGUGCUUUCUGUCCUGUACAAAGGAGGGCUGCUGAUGGGCAGUGCCCACAUGACCGUGGGUGAACUCUCUUCCUUCCUAAUGUAUGCUUUCUGGGUUGGAUUAAGCAUUGGAGGGCUGAGCUCUUUCUACUCGGAGCUGAUGAAAGGGCUGGGUGCCGGGGGACGCCUUUGGGAGCUCCUCGAGAGAAAGCCUGAGCUGCCUUUUGACGAAGGGGUCGUUUUAAACCAGGAAAGUUUCCAGGGCACUCUGGAGUUUCGGAACGUGCAUUUCACCUACCCCGCUCGCCCGGAGGUGCCUAUAUUCCAGGAUUUCAGCCUUUGUAUCCCAUCAGCGUCGGUCACGGCGCUGGUUGGCCCAAGUGGUUCUGGCAAAUCAACGGUGCUGUCCCUCCUGCUGAGGUUGUAUGACCCCGUUUCUGGAACUAUCAGUCUCGAUGGCCAUGAUAUCCGUCAGCUAAAUCCAGUCUGGCUGAGAUCCAAGAUUGGGACAGUGAGUCAGGAACCAGUUUUGUUUUCUUGCUCAAUUGCUGAGAACAUUGCUUAUGGUGCGGACGACCCCUCCUCGGUGACUGCCGAGCAGAUAGAAAAAGUGGCUGAUGUAGCCAAUGCAGGUGCUUUCAUCCGGAAUUUCCCCCAAGGAUUCAACACUGUGGUCGGAGAAAAGGGCGUUCUCCUCUCAGGUGGACAGAAACAGCGGAUUGCAAUUGCCCGUGCUCUGCUUAAGAAUCCCAAAAUCCUUCUCCUAGACGAAGCAACCAGUGCCCUGGAUGCUGAAAAUGAGUACCUUGUGCAAGAAGCUCUGGACCGACUCAUGGAAGGUAGGACGGUGUUGAUUAUUGCCCACCGUCUGUCCACCAUUAAGAAUGCUAAUACGGUGGCUGUUCUUGACCAAGGAAAGAUCACAGAACGUGGGAGACAUGAAGAACUUCUUUCAAAACCCAACGGGAUAUACAGAAGAUUAAUGAACAAGCAAAGUUGA